AUGAUGGAGAAGGCUGUUCCUGGGACGCGGGUCCCAGGACGCUUCCCUGAUUGCAUGGGGCAACUUGGGACAACUUGCUGGCAGAUGGCCCUGCAUCCUCGCAAGCCAAGAACCCUGCUCCCAGGGACAGGCAGGGCUCUGGUUCUCGCAGCUGCUCCUCGCUCUGCCCUACCUGCGCAGCAGGGCCAUCAUCCACCGGUGGGUGAGCGUGGUGGGGGCACAGGGUCCCCGCUCUGGCAGCUGGGGACAGAGCUCCCCGAGGCAGUGAGGGGUCUGCAGGGCCCCGGCCAUGCUGCCUGGAGGAUCAUUCCCCCCAGCCCAGGCAAUGAAGGGCCUCCUGGAAGCCUCUCUUGGUCUCCACACCUCUGCCUGCCACACCGCACCCUUACCUACCUUCCCUCUACAUGGCCGCCUGCCCCACAGCUCCCAGUCCAAGCCCUCCUCCUCCCAGAGGAGCCCCCGACCCCUCAUCUACCCACAGCUCCCUCCUUGGCCCCUGAGCUCCCCCUCCCCACAGCUGCCAUCCGCCCCUGCCUGCCCCCAGCAUGUGCUGCCUCUCCACCGCAGGGACUUGAAGGUGGAAAACCUUCUCCUGGACAGCGAGGACAACGUGAAGUCUCCAUCUCCAGCUUCUCCAGGAGGGUAGCCCUGCAGGAUGCCAGUGGGGAGUCCCUCGGGGCCUCCCAACAUAUGGGGCUGCCCGCCAAGGCAGUGCUGAGCCAGACCUUCUGCGGUUCCUAUGCUUACGCCUGGACCGAGAUUCUGCAGGAGCAGCCCUACAAUCCCUUCCUGGCAGACACCUGGAGCCCCGGGGUCAUCCUCUAUGCCCUGCUCCUGGGCUGCAUGCCUUUCGAUGCCACCAACCUGCUGUGCCAGACCCAGCGGCCCCCUGUCUUCCCCCAAAGGCAGCCCCUGCCCCAGGAUUGCAAGGAGGUGAUCUUGCGCCUGCUGUGCCCUGCCUGCCAGCGCCUCUCAGCCGCCAAGCUGCUCCGGACCCACUGGGUCUCUUGGUUCCUGUCCCUGGGCCACCGGCCCUCGGGCACCGAGGUCGCCAAGCACUCGGAAAUCCCAUGCAGUUUUGGGGCCCCCUUGACUUCAGGGAGCUGCUAA